UUGACCUGUGACCCGGUCAAAGGUUACGCGUGGGCAUCAUGGCAGGCGUGCUGUUUGAAGAUAUCUUCGACGUCAAAGACAUCGACCCCGACGGCAAGAAGUUCGACAGAGUGUCCAGACUCCACUGUGAGAGUGAGAGUUUUAAGAUGGAGCUGAUACUGGAUGUGAACACACAGGUGUAUCCUGUGGACAUAGGAGACAAGUUCAGACUUGUCCUAGCGAGCACCCUUCGCGAAGACGGAGCUCCAGACGACGGUGAGUUCAUCCCCACGGACGGGACGCCGUCCCGCGCUGACCAGUUUGAGUACGUCAUGUACGGCAAGAUCUACAGAAUAGAGGGAGACGACACACACACGGAGUCUGCCACCAGACUGUCAGCCUAUGUGUCGUAUGGUGGACUCCUGAUGAGGUUACAGGGAGAUGCCAACAACCUGCACGGCAUGGAGGUGGACAAACAUGUCUACCUGCUUAUCAAGAAACUCGCCUUCUAACUCUAAGUGACACAUUGUACUAAUACCUUUUAGUGAU